CUGUGGCAUGAACCUUUUUUCGAUCUGUUUGGUUGAUGAGAAAAUUGUUCAAAGAGAGAGCAAUUUUCUCUUACAAGUCCUUCCAAAGUCAGACCAGUUGUUGGAGGGGAGUUGAGUUUUUCUUCCCUUCUUACUAUUUAUCGAGACCAAACAGGACUAGACUGGUCGUUGACCUUCAAUUUUCAAUAUUUGCCCCUAGAUCUUUGUGUUUUUCUGAAGCUGUGUAGUUGGGUCAAUCUAAAAUUUUGAUUUUCUUUCUCUAGUAUUUGGUAUAACUUGUGGCCCCUUUCUUUCAUUGAUUACACUGAACGUUUGAUUCGUGGGUCUCAUAGCAUGUAUUUUUUGGGUUUUGCGAUGUCGUUGUUUAAUUAGAAACUUUCAAUUUCCUGACUUCUAACUUGUGCUGAAGCCUGAAGGUGGUCCUGAAAAGCCAAAACCAAUGCAUGGUGGACUUACAUUCUUGACUUUGAGUACUUAGCUGAAGAACUGCUCUUGUAUUUCUUGGACGCUUUUGAUUUUGUAUCUGAGUUGUUGUUUACAUAAUUACAUUUCGGUUGGUACUGAUUAUGCUUGGCACUGAGGUUCACCAGUAGAAUUGGUUGUAGACUACAAUUGAGUAUAAUAUGGGUUCGAUUCAAAAUACUGUUUACUACUGUUGUGUAUCAAGGGGUAAUCGGAUCCUUUAUGUAUACAGUGGUGGAGAUGGUGAAAUUGAGAACUUGGCUACUUUGUGCUUGGAAAAGACUCCUCCUUUUCAUAGGUGGUAUUUUGAGACAGUGGGCAAAAGGACUUAUGGGUUCCUAAUUGAAGAUGGGCAUAUUUAUUUCACAAUUGUUGAUGAGAGUCUGGGAAACCCUGGUGUUCUUCAGUUUCUAGAGCAUUUGAGAGAUGAAUUCAAGAAGGUAGCCAGGAAGGGUUCCAGGGGAAGUUUGUCGAGUAUGAGCUCUGUUGGUAUACAAGAACAGUUAGUUCCUGUUAUCCACCGCUUGAUCACCUCCUUGGAGAAUGUUUCUCAGAGUGGUAGUAAUUGGACAGCUGAAACUUCCCUGUCACUUCAUGCUGGUCUUUCUCCAUCACCAAGUGGUGCAAACGGACAAACUGAAGUUGCCACUUCUACAAAAGCCCCUCUAUUGGGGAAGCCUAACAAGCAAGAUAAGAAGAAAUCGAAAGAUCAUGUUAUUGCUAUGAGAGACAUUGAGUUGGAGGAACAUAGGAAAUCUACGGAUAGAGGUGUCAAUAUUGACUCAGCAAAUUCAGAUUCUAAUAGCCAUGCUGGAGCAGGUUCUUCAAUUGCAUUACAAAAAGAUUUGGGCUCAAUGAGGAUUAGGUCAGGCUCUCAAGGCAUUCGAAAGAAGUGGUGUCGCCAAGUGCGAAUCGUCCUUGCCAUUGAUGCGGCUGUUUGUGUAAUACUGUUUGUGAUAUGGUUAUUGAUAUGUAAUGGUAUUGCGUGCAUCCGUUGAAUAUCUUGUAAUAUAAAUAUGAUUCCAAACUUGAUCAGUUUCUAAAGUGGAGCUUGAAAUCAUGACUAGAGAUGCAGAAAAUCAUAAGUCAUCAAGAAACAGGUCUACGGAGAGAGAGAAGAAAAGGGGGUGGAGAGGGAGAAGGAAGAGGGAGAGAUUGAAAGAAGUAUAUGGAAGCAAAGUAUUAACAUUCUCAAUGAUGUUUUUACAUCUAUUUGAAGGUAUGUGCUCAAAAUACAGAUGGUUGAGGAAUUUGGUGUAUAGUUUUACAGUUCCAAUGCUUUGUAUAUUCAGAUUUAUAAAAUUAUCAACUUCUCAGUUCGAGUGUUUCGAUGACCUUUUGCAAUUACAUAAUAUUUGUAGUUGCUGGGAUUUUUGGAUGUGUUCUUCAAUCAUUUCAGUAUUAUUCUUGGUCUUUUGGGA